UUGGCUCCCGCACAGUCCGAGCUAAUUUCAAGUGUUUCAUCCCCUUUCCCAAUUUUUUACUCUGGCUAGUAUAAUCACUAUCCAAUAUCAUAUGACUUCUUUCUCCAACAACUCUACAUAGAAUGGAUUGUCGUUGAGGAUCAUGUCCCGUGUUUGGACUAAUCUACUUUGAUUAUGUUUCUUCCCGUCUGUUGAGUACUAGGCCCAGGCCGUGUGGCAUGUCUGUAGGCUUGUAAGUGGGAGAGAGUGAAAGAAGUUUGAUGUUGAUCCAUUUCUUCCUGUGUGUAUUCCAAUAGAACAGCUGCAACGACCCGAAAUCACUAGUAGAUUCUGUUGAAAAUGGAAAUGCCCGUUGUACUACAACUAGCUCUAAAAACGCAUCUGUUUUUCAUCCACAUGUCGUAAUUCAUUUUUUUGCAUAGUUUACUAGUCGUGGUCCGAGUGUUUAGUUGCUAAGAGGAAAGGCGAAGACGACAGAGAAAGGAGGGCAACACUGCUAGGGACUGGAAGAAGAGCAGAGAAGGGCGGGCGGUGGAGGCCAAAGUGCUACAGCCUCCGCAAAGUGGCCGCCGCGGGACGCUUCUCGCGAGCAGGGCGCGGCAGCGCCGUUCAGUUUUUUCUGCAGUUUGGAAGCCAUUACAAGAACAAAACGCGCACGCGGUGCGCGUUUUAUCCCGUUAACGUCUCGAAAGGCCCAAAGGGGGAAAAUUCCCCAGCCCGCCCGCGGACAAGGACGCCCGCAGCGCUUCUACUCUGUCUCUGGGGGGAUUUCAAAUUCCCUGGCUGGGGAACCUGCUCAGGGGAGUCACGCCGUCCUCCUUGCAUGGCUUGCGGCCUUGUCGCGUGUUUCUUCUCGCCUUCCCUCGGCGGGUUCGUUCUGGCUGUUCGUGUUCCAGACGUUGAGAGGAGCAAACCUUGAGAGGAGCAAACCCUGAGGGGGGCAAACCUUGAGAGGCAAACCCCGAGAGGAGCAAACCCUGCGGACGACUGGAGAGGUUUACCCUGACACGCGAAAAAUGAGAGCGCAAAAAUCUCAAAGCCUUGAAUUUUGAAACCUUGAGGUGAAAAUAAAAUGAGGAGGCAAGCCCUGAGGCUGACCCCUUGGGCUUUUUCCGCUGUUUGGUCUACCUUGAGAGCCAAAACCCUGGGAGCGGUCCAAAGCCUUGGCCUUUUUUUCGCGAGCGUGAAUUGUCUCCAACUUAGCUGCCCCGAAAACUGCUGCUCUUGGCUUUCAUUUCCUCUAAACCCUGGGAUUCUAUUUGCCACUCCUUAAAACCUAUUUGGCACUCCUUAAAGCCCUGACUUCAGACCUCGACUUUUGCCGUUUAAUAUAUAAGAGGACUUUGAGAACGAUGCAAGGAAAAAUAUGGGAAACUGGCGCACGAGCGCCAUCACUUCGCAUAAAGAACCGCCAUGCUUCCACUCAAAGUGCUGCUGCUCGGUAUUUUUUGGGUCCUGCAACACCAUCAGUCUCCUCGGAUACUUGCCGUUCUUAUUCUGGUUGUAAGAAUAAGAAGAGCACCAUCACCUUCAGUACGACCACGAGGUGUUUUGCUUCUUCUUCAACUUCCUCGAAGCCUGAUUACAUUGUCGUUGGCGCCGGGAGCGCAGGUUGCGUGGUGGCGCACAGGCUUGCGGAGGCGGGCCACUCAGUAACACUCUUGGAAGCUGGUAGGUCUGAUCGUGGUGCAUGGGAUAGUUGGAAAAUCCAUAUGCCAAGCGCUUUAGCUUUCAACAUCGGCGACGACAAAUACAACUACGACUUCGACACUCUACUACAACCCAACCUGGACGGCCGUGCUUUGGAUCAGCCACGAGGGAAAGUGCUUGGCGGCUCUUCAAGCCUGAACGCAAUGGCCUAUUUAUGAUCAAGAUCAUGAUAUUCAAUGCUAAAAAGUGCAAUAUUUGUCUAGAAGCAAGUAGAAGUACUAGCAGAAGCUAAGGUUCUUUGUUCUAGAAAUUUCCCCCUUUCUUGCUUCAUUCCUCGUUCGCGGGCAUCCUGAAGACUACGAGCGCUGGUCAAAGCAACUCGGAAGUGACUUUUGGGCGUAUCGGAAUGUCCUUCCCUACUACCGGCGACUGCAACGACACAAUGGAGAGCCCUCUCCAUAUCGUGGCAAGGACGGAGUCUACAAAGUCUCGCAGAAGGUCACCGAGGCAACCAAGGAGCUAAACCAAGCAUUUGUAGAAGCUGGCAGCGUCGCAAGUGGCUAUGGAAAAACAGAUGAUCAAAACGGGUACCAAUUUGAUUAAGCUGCUUGUGUUGCAAUUCUGAGGUUGACAUUGACUUGUAUUGAAGUUCGAUUGAUUACCGUAGGUGUAGGACGGUUGAAUUUUCUUCAUAAUGUUGUAAGUAGACGUUGCAGCUUCAGCUGGAGGUGCUUCAGCUGCAUCCCUUUGAUGAUAUACAUAGAUGUUCCUCCAUCAACUACCAUGGCAGCUUCCGCCAGGAGGGGUUCGGUCCGAUGGAUAUGAGCGUAGACUGGGAACGUGGUGAACGCAUGACGACCGCCAAUGCGUAUUUACGCAAGGGUUACACUGACCAGGGUAUCCUGGAUCGUGUGAAUAUCGAGUUGACGCAAAACGUUCUCAAGCUUGUUUUUGAAGCAGACAGCGGCGACGGAGGCGAUGGCUCUCCCAACACAGGCAAGAUCUGCCGCGGCGUGCUGGUACUAAGUAAGAGCGGAGAACUGAGCACAUUGGAGGCCGAGCGCGAAGUGAUUUUAUGUGCAGGCGCGGUUGGCUCCCCGAUGCUGCUAGAGCUUUCGGGUAUUGGCGAUGCGGACAGGCUAAAAAAGCUGGAUAUUCCGACCCGGGUACAUCUGCCCAAUGUGGGUGAGAAUAUGGAAGAUCACCUCGAGUUUUACUUGCAGUACCGAUGCAAGAAGCCGGUUUCCCUUUAUCCGUAUGCUUCAACUUACCCGAUCUCGCCGUAUGCUUUUCGUCAGCCGCUGCGCGCAGGCCUCGUAGGCUUAGAGUGGAUGAUGCGUGGCACGGGUGUGGCUGCGUCCAACCAUUUCGAAGUUGGGGGCUUCAUACGAUCACGUGCGGACGUGCCACACCCUGACAUCCAAUUCCAUUUUAUUCCGGGAAUCGUCGUUGGGCAGUGCGACUUUCUGCCCGAGCACGGCUACCAAGCCCACGUCGGCACAAUGCGACCCACGUCACGAGGCUCCGUGCACAUUACGAGUCGAAAGCCACUGCACGAGAAGCCGGCCAUCGAUCCUCGAUAUUUGUCAACCAAGGACGACGUGGAGGAUCAGAGACGGGCCUUUCGACUGGGUGUGGAGAUCAUGGAAAAUUUUUCUUCGGACUUGAAGGAUGAAAAGCCCUACAAUUUCGACCUAGGUGACGUGGACUCCGACGAAGCAGUUGAUCGCUUCGUUCGAGAACAGAGUCAUUCCGGCUACCAUUUGUCGUGUACGUGCAAGAUGGGCAAGGUUGUUGACCCGGAAAAUGCCAAAGUGUAUGGAGUCGAAGGCUUGAGGAUAAUUGACGCCUCUGUCUUUCCGAGUAUGACAAGCGGAAAUCUAAACGCGCCAACAAUCAUGGUUGCUGAGAAACUGGUAGAUGCCGUACUUGAAAAACCAGCUUUGCCAUCUGCAGACGAUGUCACCUGGUGGAAAGCACCCGUAGGCAAAAAACAACGUGGCGAAUAGAUUCCCGGAUACGUCUCACUGAUGAACAUUUUUUCUAACAUGCCUAUCCUAAAUGGAUAAGUAGGAUACAUAAGCCAUAAUAGAAGGGAAAGAACUCUUGUCAAUGGUGGAAGAAGAAUGGGAACUACAAUUGCAUGAGAAAAUCAAGAGCGACAUGAAAGUCCCUUGUAGAAUUAGAAAAUGAUGGAGGGAGAAUCAACAGAACUCUGACUACAAGAGAUUCAUUCAUAGCUUCCUCGUUCUUCGCACGCAGAAAC